GCAGCAAAUGACUAGGGGAGUCCCUACGAGUCUUCACCUCUACUAGUACCUAGGAACAAGCCGCAAUUGCUGCUAUGGUCAUCUCGAGCAUUAGACGGCUCUUACCUCUCCAAGCCGCGGCGCUGGGGAAAGCGAACCCACUAAUCCACUAUGUAGCCCUCGCGGUCGCGGCCUCCGCGAUUCUCGGCUUUUGGGUGUUCCUUCAACCAAACGGGACGAUCCUGCCCGUUGAUUGCGGUCCAGCUGGGAUUCCCCUCCUCGAGCGGUCAGAAAAAACAUUCCGAGCCUGCCCAUCGUGCGGCGACAGGAAUGACGCCCCGCCGUUGGAUGAUCGCGCGCCGUUGGAUCGGCCGCUAUCUGCGCGCGGCGCGAAGAUCCGCCUGUGCAUGGGCAGCCCCUCGGCGCCGUUCGCGCAGGGGACGUUCGUGACGAAGCCGAUGCGCCGCGGGAGGGAGUUCGGCAACCGCUUCGCGCAGCUCACCGUCUUCGACGCCGAGGCUCGGCACGAAGCAGAGGCUCGGCAGGGGGGCGGCGCAGGUUCGGUGGCGACGACCCUGCGAUUCCUUGCGUUUUUAGAGGACGACGAGUCGAUAAAAAAGUCGCAGUGGGAGGGGUGGGGCGAGGCGGAGUUCAGUGACCUUUUCGCCCAGGGGGAGUUAAAGCUCAAGUGCCUCAUCUGGCCCGGCCACGACGCUUAUAUGCAAUCGCUUGAGCCUGCUUAUAUCGUGAAUGCCGUGGCAGCAAACAACUACCUCUGGCACAACAUUAUAGAAUGUCCACUCCCACCAUACACCGAGCUUACUUCUAACGAGACAGCCUCAAACGAAUCAUCCGACUCCCUUUCUCUCUCAACUGACCCCCCUGCGUCGUUACCAGAGCGGUUGAGAACGGUGGAGGGGCGGCGGUGGGGCGUGCAGCGUGGGCAGCAGGUGCAGGUGCAGCUGGUGGCGGCAGAGGCUGGCGCCGACCUGCGCAUGGCGCCGCUGCUGCUGUGCCGCGCCGACCACGACAAGCGCACCCUCGCCUCCUCCCCGCACUCGCUCUCCCUCUCCGCCUCCCCUCUCCACACCACCACUGCUGCUGCCUGGCCCGUCCCUCCCUCCAUUCCCCCGCCCUUUCCCUUCACUGCAGUUGAGCGGGAGUUGGCUGCUGUGGCUGCUGCUGCGGCUGAGGGUGCUGGGGGUGGUGCUAGCUCCGGGGGGUCUGCAGGCUCGGGGAGUGCUGGAGGCUCAGGGAGUGCUGGAGGCUCGGUGGGUGCUUCAGGCUUGGGAGGUGGUUCGGAGCUGGCGAAGUUUCUAGGGGCGGCUGAGGGAGGGGUGAAUGGCACGGAAAGAGGGGUUGGGAGCGGCGGUAGGGAAAUGGAGAGUUCAGAAGACUUGCUUGUGAGCUGUGAGGAUGAACCUACUAACGAGGAUGAAGAGGGCAGCAGCAGUGUGAUCAGUAUAGGACUUGGGACCGAAGGGGCAAAUGACUCCCUAACUGCAGCAGCCGCAGCAGACACAGCAUCAGCAGCAGCAACACCAGCAGCAGGAGCAGCAGCAGCAGCAGCACCAGCAGCAGCACCAGCAGCAGCACCAGCAGCAGGAGCAGCAUCAGGAGCAGCACCAGCAGCAGCAGGCGGCAGCAAAGGCGGGGGAAGAAAGGCGAAAGGGGCCGGCAUGGGAGCGGUUUCCAUCUGUCUGCGCCCCCUGCACACGCGGCAGAUGUUUUCCGACAACACCGCAGUGUCAGACGAGCGCCUACUGGAGUGGAUCGAUGUGUCUCUGCUCAUGGGCGUGGACCGCAUCUAUGUGUACGACCGCUACGCCAUGCACAAGCGCGCGCUGCUCUGGCCGUACAUCGCCCGCGGGCAGGUGGUUCACGUGCCGUUUCCGCCCUGGAGCGAGGUGUUUUAUCGCCAGGGGCAGUACGCCGGCAAGGGCAAGAAGCCUUACGCGUUCCCAGACAUUUACGACCAGGUGAUAUCGUUCGAGCACUGCAUGAUGCUGGGGCGGCGGUUGGGCGACAGGUGGCAGCUGCAGAUCGACAGCGAUGAGUUCGUCUGGUACCCGCCGUCAGCUGGCGGCUUCUUGAAGCCGCUUCUAGCGAGGAUAGAGGUCAACCACAUGCGCGAUCCGGGAAGCAGAUCGCCACUCCGGGCGAUUCUGCUGAGGCGGUUCAACUUCUGGGGAGUGAAGAAGGAGUCGCGCGGGGAUCCAGUGUCCGACAAGCUCUUGUGGCGCUGCAGCCAGCCCAUGUGGCACACCAAGACCUGGGUGGGGUGGCACGACAAGGUGGCCGUCAACCCACAGACCAUCCUGCCCUAUUCUGUGUCGAUCCACAACACUUUCGCCCCACCCGAGGAGAUGGCAACGGCCCCACCGGAAAUUCUCCACCUCAACCACUACACAUCCCGAGAAGUCGACUUGAACGAGCCGCCCUGCAACGCCACGGUGAAGCCGAUAGAGGACGCGAGCCUCUUCUGGGCGCGCAACCGCACGAUCGAAUGCAGGGCUCUGCCUUGUAGUAUUGCAAGCACCCCUGUAGAGUGCUGGCCUUUGUGCCAGCUGCCUUUCUAAUCCGUAAUCGAAAACAUAUGUUCAAAUGUAGGGUGAUUCUUUGUAUACAAACUGCGGGCUCCUGUGAGUCCCAAUCCCAACGUGAGUGCUCCACCUGAAUUACUUCACGUCACGGGAAGUCCACCUGAGCGGCCCUGCAAUGCCACAGUGAAGUGAACCCCAUAGAGGAUGCCACUGCCAGUCUCUUCCGGGUGCGCAGCCGCACGAUUGAAUUGAAUGCAGGGCGCUAUCAAAAUAGCCAAGUAAACUUGAGCAUGGGGU